GCUCUGUGUCCCACCCACCAGGGCUGGCUGGUCCUUCCCUCUUGGUUCAGGGAGGGUGAAUCCUGCCUUCACCCCACCCUCCUGCACAGCAGUGUCCCCAUGGGGAGGGUGGCCUCUGUGCCCUGGGCCAUGGCAGGUCACCUCUAGGUGAGCAACCUCAUGGGCACCUUGGCCAUGCAGGGAGCUGCUUGUGCCUCCAUCCUCCUGUUAUCCAGCCAGGAAGGGGAGGGAGAGCUCCAGGCUGGUCCCUCCUCUGCUACCUCCAUCCAAGCCCAUGCCCAGACCCAUCCCACCUCCCCUUGCCAUGGGAGCAGCUGCAGAGAGCCCCUGUGGGAAUCCACACUCCUUCCCACCGGGAGCAGAGCUUCCACCUCAAUUACCAUCACCUUGCUCCUAAGCCCUCUUUGCCAAUCCCUCUAAGCUGCUUUCCCAGGGCUCCAGCAAGGGAUUGUAUUUAUAGCCCACUCUUACUCAUGCAGCGUCUCCCCAAUUAAUCAACUAAUAGGAUUCUUCCCUCAAGUCCCUCUCCUGGAGCCCUCACAGACACACAGCCCCCCCAGCCCAGCCAAGGCUGAGUGGGCGAGAUCAGAUGCCAGGGGAGGGACAGCCAGGGGGGAUAUAAGAACCUGCAGCACUGGGAGCAGCCUGUAGUGACUGGGUGGCACUGGGAGCUGCUGGGCGAGCAAGAGGAGAGCGUCUGUCUGUCCAUCCAGCUGCCAGAUUUCCUUGUGGACAUUCCUGCACUGAGCUAAAAUGGGAGACGGAUCAAAGGUUUUCAAGAAGACCAGCCCCAACAGCAAGCUCUCCCUGUACCUAGGGAAGAGAGAUUAUGUGGAUAACGUGGAUUCAGUGGAAUCUGUAGAUGGUGUCUGCCUGAUUGACCCGGAGUACCUGAAGGACAGGAAAGUGUAUGUGACGCUGACCUGCGCCUUCCGCUACGGCCGCGAUGACCUCGACGUGAUCGGCCUGACCUUCAGGAAGGACAUCUAUGUGCUGACCACCCAGCUGUACCCCCCUGUGCCAGACCAGGCCCCCAAAACCCUCACUCCUCUGCAGGAGAAGCUGAUGAAGAAGCUCGGGGAGAACGCCUACCCCUUCACCUUUGAGGUAAGGGCUGCUCAGCCCCUCCUGGACAUGUGGCUCAGCUCUGAGCACGCCCUUUAUCCUCUUUUUUCUCUCUUUCCCUGCUCUGCCCAGAUUGCCACCAACCUGCCCUGCUCCAUCACCCUCCAGCCCGGGCCAGAUGAUGUGGGAAAGGCCUGUGGCGUGGACUUCGAGGUCAAAGGAUUUUGUGCUGAAAAUCUGGAGGAGAAAAUCCACAAGAGGAACUCGGUGCGCCUCAUCAUCCGCAAGGUGCAGUUCGCCCCGGCACAGACAGGGCCGGCCCCGCGAGCCGAGACCACCCGGCAGUUCAUGAUGUCAGACAAGCCUCUGCACCUCGAAGCUUCCCUGGACAAGGAGAUCUAUUACCAUGGAGACCCCAUCAAUGUGACCGUCAACAUCAACAACACCACCAACAAGGUUGUGAAAAAGAUUAAGAUCUCAGUGGAUCAGAUCACAGACGUGGUCCUGUAUUCUCUGGAUAAAUACACGAAGACUGUGUGCUCUGAGGAGAUAAAUGAGACUGUGGCUGCCAAUUCCACCUUCUCCAAAACGUACGCGGUGACCCCCCUGCUCUCCUCGAACCGCCAGAAGCGAGGCCUCGCUCUCGAUGGCAAACUCAAGCACGAGGACACCAACCUGGCCUCCACCACCAUCCUGAGACCUGGCAUGGACAAGGAGGUGCUGGGCAUCCUGGUGUCCUACAAAGUGAAGGUCAACCUGGUGGUGUCCCGAGGAGGCAUCCUGGGGGAUCUCACUGCCAGUGAUGUUGGGGUGGAGAUGCCUGUCAUCCUCAUGCACCCGAAGCCUGAUGACUCGAGGAGGACAUUGUCAUCGAGGAAUUUGCUCGCCAGAAGCUCAAGGGGGAGAAGGAUGAUGAAGAUGAGAAGGAGGAAGCUGAGAAAGAGGAGAGCUAAGCUGCCGGCCCCCCAUGCCCCAGUUUGGGACACAGCCACCUGUAGUGUCCCCACUGUGCCACACCUGGCACAGCCCCCUCAGGCCCCCACAGUCCCCAUAGGUGCCCCCUCCUCACCCACUCCAAGCCCAGGUAGUGGUGGUGAGAGCUGCUGCAGCUCCUCCCGGGCCCGCCACGCUGCCAAGCCCCACGGUGCUCCCUGUUCCCACGGGCACCAGCACAGGGACAGGGACAGGGUCCAAUGGCUCCGGCUGAGCGCCUCACCAGCGUGGCUGUCACCUGCCCGUGACAUGUUGUGCACAGCUCUGUGACAUUGAUACCAAUAAACCCACCCGGUGGCCCGGUGCAGGCUCCGUGUUGUGCUGGGGGGGACCAGACGCUGCCUUCAUGCAGGGGAGGGGAGGACGAGGUGCUGCAGGAUCUGGUGCGGCCACUCCCGGCCGGGCCCAUCCCAGGUACAGCCGAGCCAUCCAAGGUAGGGCUGGAUGCGUCCUGCUACAGCCGCAGGAUCUACAACCCCGCCGGUACAGGCAGCCCCAUUCCGCUACAACCAGAGCGCUCCAGCCCAGCUCCAGCCGGAUCCGUGCCGCUACACCCGGCUCUGCUGAAACACCCCCGCCACAGCCCGGGCGCAUCCCGCUCCACGCCGCAGCAUCCU